AUGAAAUUUUUAUUUGGAAAUAUGUUGAUUUAUAAAAUUUUAUAUGGCUUGGUACUUGAAAUUUAUAAACCUUGUGCAGAUGGUUCUUGUAGUGAAUGUGAAAUGGAAGAUUUUAAUAAAUGUACUUUAUGUAAACCAGGUUUCAAUAGAAUUUUAGUGAAUAAAGAAUGUAUUUGUUAAGAAGGUUCUUAUGAUCCUUUAAAUGAUGAUUCGAUAUGUAUUGGUAAUAUUUUAAAUAAAAAUUUUAGUCUGUGAUUUUAGUUGUCUAACUUGUUCAGGUCCUUCAAAUUCAUAAUAUAUUAUAAAAUUAAAAUUAAAUAAUUUAUACUCAAAGUGUUGAUGAAAGCAUAUCUAAUAGAAUUUCAAAAUCUAAUUCUUGUCCAUUUAAAUAAGGAUAUGCUGAUUUUAUAAUCAAAAGAUCAAAAUGUGGAAGUAUUCAUAAUUAUUAAUAAUACAGAAUGUCAUCCGUAAUGCUAAACAUAUUUCUAAGUAUCUGAUGAAACUACCAAUUAAUAUUAUUUAAUUUGCAUUCCUGGAUAAAAUCGAUAUGUUUCAGAUUGUGAUAUAUGAUUAGGUGAUUUUUUCGAAUUUAUUUUAUAGUUUGUGAUUGUACUUGUGGAAUUCUUAAUGACUUUGAAACUACACAUUUUACUUCUUGUUCAGAAGACUCAAAUAGUUAUUUGACAACUUUUGGCGAAUGCUUAUGUAAAACAUCAUAUUAUGAAAUCUUACUAAUAAUAUUGAAUGUUAAAGUAAUUAAUUUAUGUAAUGGUUAAUAGUAUGCCAUUAUUCUUGUUUAUUAUGUUCAAAUAAUAAUGAAAAAUGCUUGUUAACAAUGUCCUUAAACUAGAAUAUCAGCUGAUCUAUUAGCAACUUAAUUUGAAUGUGUUUGUGCAUCUUUACAUAUUUUUGAUGAUGGAUUCUAAUCAGUUUGCCAAGAAUGUGAAUCUUGUUUAACAUGCGAUUGUCCACUUUUAUUAAAUUGUUGACUUGUGAUAACAAUUAUAGAUAUCUAGAUUUUUAAUCUUGUAUAUGUUCAGAUGGAUAUUAUGACAUUGGAAUAUUACAAUGUGAAAGUAUUUUCUUCAAUUUAUAUGUGAAUAGAAUGUCAUUUUUCAUGUCACUUAUGCUUAAACAAAAAUGCAGAUACUUGAAUAGCUUGUUCACUUGAUACUCAUUUUAGAUCAUUAUAAGGCAAUAUUU